AUUCUACAGCCGGUACUUUUUAGACAAGCGCACACAUGUAACCUUGCGUACUAUGGAAAGCACCACUAAGUUCAUGCUUAAGCACUUCUCAAACGCAAUAAUAGAGAUGGACGUUCCCGGACUCAUAAUCAUUCUCAAUAUCGCCUAUGGCUGGGGCAGCCCGUAUGCCAUUGCACCCUUGGCUAUCGGCGUAGUUGCCUUGGCCUUUUUUGUCUACUAUGAGAGCCACUUGGCCACGUCUCCCGUUGUACCGUUCAAGCUAUUCAAGUCGCGCAAUUUUUCUUCUCUAUGCUAUCGGCGCACUAUUCUACUUUACUUUGAACGCUGCAUCCUUUUUUAAUCCUUUUAUCCAGGUGACACGCGAGGUGCCCGCGCGCAUGGCCA